GCCCGCGUGUGAAUAUUCAUCCUCAUCCAGCAACAAGAAAAAGACACUCUACAUUCAUUGCAAUCACUCUCACUAUCACUCUCUGUCUCCCAUUUUCAUCUUCAUCCCCUUUCCCCAUUUCUCCAUAUUCUACUACAAUCCUCACUCACUCUCUUCAACUUCCUUCGCAAUUUCAAUGGCCGCCGCCACUACUCCCUUGAACUUCCACUUCCCCUCACCAUCACCCUCAUCUCACACUUCCUCUACACACUCUGCACUUUCUCUCCCUCCCUUCUCCCUAACCUCAACAUUCUGGGGGUUCAAACUCAAGCAUGCUGCAACUUCUACUGUUUCUGCUGCUGACAAUUCCACAAACACCUUCCGUGCAGUUCGCAAUUCAUGGGACGGUCCACUCUCCUCCGUCAAACUCAUCAUCCAGGGCAAGAAUCUCGACCUCACCGACGCUGUCAAGCAGCACGUGGAGGACAAGGUGGGGAAAGCCGUUCAGAAGCACAGCCACAUAGUCAGAGAGAUUGAUGUCAGGCUUUCUACUCGAGGUGGAGGAGAGUUUGGGCGAGGACCCAGAACUAGUAGAUGUGAGGUGACUUUGUUUACCAAGAGGCAUGGCGUCGUGCGGGCUGAGGAGGAUUCUGAAACUACCUAUGCAAGUAUAGAUUUGGUGUCGUCCAUCAUUCAGAGAAAGCUGAGGAAGAUCAAGGAAAAAGUGUCUGAUCACGGUCGCCACAUGAAAGGGUUCAAUAGGGCGAAGGUUAGGGAGCCGGUAGAAGUGGAAGUGCCCUUGGAGGAGGAUGAUGAUAUAUCCCCACUGGAAGAGGAGGGAGAAGCAACUUUGGUCGAGGUUGUUCGGACAAAGUACUUUGACAUGCCACCAUUAACUGUGUCUGAAGCAAUUGAGCAGCUUGUAAAUGUUGAUCAUGCCUUUUAUGCUUUCCGAAAUGAAGAAACUGGGGAGAUUAAUAUUGUAUACAAAAGAAAAGAAGGAGGUUAUGGACUCAUUAUACCCAAAGGAAAUGGACAAGCAGAGAAAUUGGAGCCUUUAAUGGUUGAACCCGCUAGAGAAGCCUCUCUAAAAGAAUGAAGGGACUCGUCGAAAACUCUUUUUUUUUGUAAGAACAUAAGAGCUUGUACAUGUUUAGCGGUUACUAAUGGUAGUUUCUUUGGAAUCUGAAAUGCAUUGGCAAUUACAGUGGAGGCUCUGGCAUUUCAAAUGCUAACCAAGUUCUGAAGUAUGAUGAUUGUAAAGUGAAAAAGAUACACUCAUACACCACUUUUUGUGCUGCGCAUAAUGUCAAGAAUGCACCUCUAUCUAACAAUGCCAUCUGCUUUGUUUCAUCA